AUGUUCAGCUCUAAUUACUACGAGGAUGAUCCGAUGGAUGGCGUCUUCAGCUCCUCCAUGCUCCGCCAUGGAGGAGCAACCCGCCGUUUCGACGAGUAUUACCGCUGUUACCCCGUCGCCAUGAUGCCUGGCCCUGAGAGAGAGAACGUCAACCACGGCGGUAAAGUCAUCAUGCCACCCAGUGCGUUGGACAAGUUAACUCGGCUACAUAUCACAUAUCCUAUGCUCUUCGAACUGCAUAAUGGUGCACGAGAAAGGUUGACUCACGCGGGUGUAUUGGAGUUUAUCGCUGAAGAGGGGAAAAUUUAUUUGCCUUUUUGGCUCAUGCAGACCCUCCUCCUCGAACCAGGCGACCUAGUACAGGUCAAAUCGACCGAUCUUCCUCCGGGCCAGUUCAUCAAGCUUCAGGCCCAGUCAACGUCGUUUCUAGAUAUAAGCGAUCCUAAGGCUGUGCUUGAGAAUGCAUUCCGCAACUUUUCAUGUCUGACAAAGGGCGACGUCUUCACAUUUGCCUACAAUGAUCAAGUCUAUGAGAUGGCGGUUUUGGAAACUAAGCCAGCCACCAAUUCGAAUGCCAUUUCCGUCCUCGAAACAGACCUGGAAGUCGACUUUGCCCCUCCUGUAGGAUACGAGGAGCCGCAACGCCCAAGUGGUACCAGUACUCCCCGCAGUGGUGUGAGCGCAACGAAGCUUCCGGCUGGCGGGUUACUUCAUCCCCAUGGAACCAUGGCUCAAUCAAUUAACUAUGCCGCCAUUGCCCCUGAGUCUACUGACGCCGCCGCGGGGGCAAAAGCGGUGUCGUCAAACUUCCUUAUCGGUGGACAGCGUCUGAAUGCGAAAAAGGGAAGUAAGGCUCCAACUCCAAAGGCCUCAACACCAACACCCGGAGCCACAAACCCUCAACACCCUCCUCCUGUCAGGCGGACCAACGGGCCAAUGCCGCUCCGGCUCCCGCCUAAUCAGUUAUUCUUUGGAUAUGCAAUCAAGCCCGUGCAGAAGCGUGACGAAAGCGGCCAGGUUGUCGAGGACGAGAAGCCCCGUUUUCAGGGAAGUGGUCAAACGUUAAGAGGGAAAAAGAAGGAUACCGGAGGCUCUGCAACGCCCACUUAG